GACCGCGGCCCUGCGGCCGCAGCCCUGGCUGGGGCCUGGGCUACGGGAUCUUUCCUGGUCCUAGUGUUGCCGGCGCUUCUCCUUCUCCAGCUCCUGCCGGCACAAUGGAGGAGGAGGAUGAGGAAGCGCGAGGGCUUCUGGCAAACGGCCCGGACGAGGCCGGUAGAGACGCCCCCGCUGACCCGGGGAUGCUGCCGGCCCUCUGCGACCCCCGUCGCCUGGCGCACCGGCUUUUGGUGCUGUUGCUGAUGUGCUUCCUCGGCUUUGGAAGCUAUUUUUGCUAUGAUAAUCCUGCUGCCCUUCAGACGCAGGUUAAACGGGAUAUGCAAGUGAAUACCACGAAAUUCAUGCUGCUGUAUGCCUGGUAUUCUUGGCCCAAUGUAGUUUUGUGUUUCUUUGGUGGCUUUUUGAUAGACCGAGUAUUUGGAAUACGAUGGGGCACCAUUAUUUUUAGCUGCUUUGUUUGCAUUGGACAGGUUAUUUUUGCUCUUGGUGGAAUAUUUAAUGCUUUUUGGCUGAUGGAAUUUGGAAGGUUUGUGUUUGGGAUUGGCGGGGAGUCCUUAGCCGUUGCCCAGAAUACAUAUGCCGUGAGUUGGUUUAAAGGCAAAGAAUUAAACCUGGUGUUUGGACUGCAACUUAGCAUGGCUAGAAUUGGAAGCACAGUGAACAUGAACCUCAUGGGAUGGCUGUACUCUGCGGUAGAAGCUUCGUUGGGUUCUGCUGAUCACACAACCCUUGGAGUCACGCUUAUGAUUGGGGGUAUAACAUGUAUUAUUUCACUAAUUUGUGCCUUGGUCCUUGGUUACUUGGAUCAGAGAGCAGAAAAAAUUCUUCAUAAAGAAGAAGGAAAAACAGGCGAAGUUAUUAAGAUAACUGAUGUGAAGGACUUCUCCUUACCCCUGUGGCUCAUAUUUGUCAUCUGUGUCUGCUAUUACGUCGCCGUGUUCCCUUUCAUCGGACUUGGGAAAGUUUUCUUUAUGGAGAAAUUUGGAUUUUCUUCCCAGGCAGCAAGUGCAAUUAACAGUGUUGUAUAUGUCAUAUCAGCUCCCAUGUCCCCAGUAUUUGGGCUCCUGGUGGACAAGACAGGAAAGAACAUCAUCUGGGUUCUGUGUGCAGUGGUGACCACUCUUGCCUCCCACAUGCUGCUGGCGUUUACGCUGUGGAACCCUUGGAUCGCCAUGAGCCUCCUCGGACUCUCCUAUUCAUUGCUUGCCUGCGCACUGUGGCCAAUGGUGGCGUUCGUAGUUCCGGAACACCAGCUGGGAACUGCGUAUGGCUUCAUGCAGUCCAUUCAGAAUCUUGGGUUGGCGGUUGUUUCCAUCGUUGCUGGCAUGAUACUGGAUACUCGGGGGUACUUGUUUCUAGAAGUCUUCUUCAUUGCCUGUGUUUCUUUGUCACUUUUAGCUGGGGUCUUACUCUAUGUGGUGAAUCGUGCCCGAGGUGGGAAUCUAAAUUACUCUGCAAGACAAAGGGAAGAAAUAAAACUUUCUCAUGCUGAAUGAGAAGUUUAAGUGACUGUGCGUAAGAAUGGGCUGCACACAUCACUGAUUUGAAAACCUUCAUUUAAAUUUUUUUUUAAAAUUGAGUUUAGUCAUUAGGAAAAAUAAUGGUCUGAAAAGUUAUUUCUAUUUUAAGGACACCUAUUUCAAAGUAUAUUUGUAAGAACUAUUUUAUUCUCUGUCUUUUGUGUGCUGCAGAAGAAUUUUACUUCAGAAUGGGUUAAUCAACAGUAAAGUUUAGAAAAUUGCUCCAGAACAGGCAGGUGAAUUUCAGUAAGGACAGUAAAUAAUGGAAAUCAUUGGAUCUUGUAUUGAGAUCAUUUUCACAAAGUAUGUCUGAAGGAUAUGGCCUUUAAUCUUAAAGCAAAAAAAUUUUUUAAAGCUUUUGAGAGGGUAGAAGGGAUGUUUCAUAUAGAAUAAACUAUGACAUUUUAAUAGGCAUUCCCUUUUGUAAUAGGGAACAUUUGAAAGGUACUUUAUGAAGUCUCUUCAUUUUCACAAAUAGCAGAUUGGGUUCUGCUCUUUUUAAUUAUGACAGUUUGCUGAGUGGUGUCCCUUUUGAGCUUCUAUUUAUCUCUCUGUUACUGAGCACCUUUAUUAUACUUAGGGAUACAAAUUUGUGGUACAAACUUUCUGUACAGUUUUUUUAUAGUCUAAAUAAUUAUCAAAAAUGUCCUUUAAAUUAUGAUAAUUGCACAUACAUGGAAAAAUAAAAAUAUUGGAAGAGGAAUACAUGAUGUCUUCUAACUUUUAAUUUUUAAAAAAUCUUGAAACACUGAUUUUAACUUUUAUUUUUGUAGAAGAUUAUAAGAAAGUCUGUGUUAGAAUAAAGAAAGUUUGCCUAAUCACCAUCAUUGAAAGAUGAUAGGGAUUAGCUUUUUCUCCAGAGUAGGACCUUAAAAUAAUAUUUGUGUGUUUCACAUUAAAUAAAAUAUGGAUAUAUUUCUCUGACAGACUUAAAACACUUUUUAAUUGACUUAGUCUUAGCAUAUUAAAGUCAAGAAAUUGUUCGUAUGUUUUGCUAUCUAUGGGCACAACAUAUUUUAGGCAACAACUGUUAAACUAACAAAACUACCUGCUUAUAUUAUUUAAAGUACAUGGCAUAACAUUGUAUGCCUAGAAUUUCUGGAACUGAUUGAAAGCACAUUCCUUUUCAGAAUAUGUUUACUUACAUCCAUUUUUAUGAUUAUUUAUAGCUUAUUGUGUCAUUAUUCAGUUGUUAGUUCUUUAGGCUUUGACUGCCAUGCAAUGUUCUAGCCCAUGGCUAGUGAGUGUUGUCCUCACCAUUGGGAGAGCGCAGGAAGUCAGCUGCUGCUGCGCCUGCUGCUGGGGGGCCUGUGUGCUCUGGCCGCCCCUUCAUCUUUCCUCUCCCUUGGUGCCCCAGCUUCAGGGAGCUGCUUACAUUUUUUUCAGACGAGUCAGGUCCUGUCCCUUCUCAGGGGCUUUGUCGACAUUCCCUUUGCUUAGAAUAUUUUAUCCGGAUUCUCUGUGACCUGGUUUCAGCCGAUUUCCAAUAGGAAAUCUUAGCCCCAGCUCAGAACCAUUAUUUCUAUGGAAAUAAUUCCUGUGAUCUUUGAAAAAGCCUGUGCUUUUCCUUCUUAGCGUACCUCAGCCUGUAAUGAAGAAGUUGUGAUGGUGUGGGUUUCUGUCCCUUCCUUUAGAUUGUAAGCUCCUUGAGGGCAAGAACUGUGUCUGUUACAUUAAUGAUUGUGUUGGUAAUGCCUGGCACAAAAUAAAUAUUUUUUUGAAUGAUGCAUAAAUAAAAAGUAAAUUGGAAUAACUUUUGAAGGAUAAAUUGGCAAUAGAGUAAGAGACCUAAAAGGGAUAUAGUGGUGGGCUGCAUAACUUGGUUUAUCGAUUCCAUUUCUAAUAAUUUACCCUAAGGAAAUCAUCAGACAGAUACACACAUAAAUAUAUUUUAAGAAAGUGUCUUCAUUGUAUGAUUGCUUAUGAUAGCCUAAAAUAGGAAAUCACUGAUGUUUAUAAAAAUAGAUUAGUUAGGUACCUUGUAUCAUAUGCCUAAAGUGAAAUACUAAGCUGUCAUUAAAUGGUUUCAUUAGAGAGCAUGCUGACAGAGAAUGAUGGCAUUGUUAUGCAGAAGAUUCAGUGCUGCUCUUUUUGUAAAAGCAAACAUGUCUGACGGAUAUACACAUAAAUGCCUUUGAGUUUGAAGAAAGUGGUGUUAGUGUUCAAAAGGGAGGGAGGUAAAAGGUAAUGUUUUCCAAAGAACUUUGAGGAUGCCGGUGAGAGUUCAACAGGGCCCUGAGUUAGAAAUAGAGUUUGCAUUGUUUGGAAGAAAAUCACAAAGCAACAGAGAAAAUCACAUGUGAUGGGAACCAUAGGAGACAAAGCAACAGAGAAUAGGCGCUAAAUGAAAUCAUGUACAUAUUUUUUGAUCCCAACGGUAGU